CAUUUUAUGUUACAGAAUUUUUAUAUUUAAUAUUAUUUUUAUCUAUGAUAAUUAGAUAAAAACCCGUGUACAUAUAUGUGCUAGUAAAUAGAAAAGAUAUGGGAUUUAUCCUAGUUUGUUCAAAGGGUUUCCACAUAUCCAAUUGUUAUCAAGAUAAAUAUGAGAAUUCUGAUUGAGAAUAUUCUUUCGGGAAAUUGAAGUCCUUUCAGCACAGCACACUGUAAGAUUUGAUAUCAUAUAAUUAUAUCAUAUUGGUGAUCCUUUAGGAAAUCGAAGUCCCUACAAAUUAGCACUAUGUAAUAUUUCGUACCUUCAUUUACAAGGCAAGUUCUAAAUAUUCUGACUUAGUAAUAAUAAUUUGCCCAAAAACAAAGCAACAAAUUUGAUUUAUUUCCACAAUUACUUCAAAAAAAACCCAUGACUUUUGGGAAAUCAAUUCCUUCCUUCUAUAAAGGUCUAUGAAAUCUCCAUCUUUUAUCUCUUAAAGACUUAUAAGAAGCCAUUGAAGCUCUACGGUUGUUUAUUUAUUUAUUUACUUUUAAGUUUUUCAUAUUUAAAGUCCGUAACUUUUGCCUCUUUGACACCGACCUAGAAGAGAAGUGUAAAAUCACUUAUAAAGUUCUAGAUUUCAUAUGGGAAUUUAUUGUACAACAUCAUAAGUUUGUACGUGUUGUAUAUUUUUUUUUGUGUUUUUGUCACUUUGUUUAUAUAUUCUCUGUGCAUAGAUGUAGUUGAUGAAUCUAAAUUUUUUAUAUUGAGUUUGUUUGAUUUGAUAGAUUGAAGAUGGGGCGCGGAAAACUCGUAAUGGAAUUGAUUGAGAAGGAAAAGGCUCGUAUGAUAACCUAUCAAAAGAGGAAGAAGGGUUUGAAAAAGAAGGCUCAAGAGUUCUCCACUUUAUGUGGAGUCCCUACUUGCCUCAUAAUCUAUGGUCCAAAAAUGCAGAAUCAACCAGCAGAGUUGGAUUUUUGGCCCAAGGAGCGAGAAGAAGUGAUGGAAGUUAUCAACUUGUACAGGGAGAAGGCUUUUUCAGCACAUGGAAUCAGACCUCAGAGUUUGAUUGAUUUCUUUUUGAGUCGAAAGAGAAAAGUUGAUGACAAGAUUGCUAAACUUUGCAAGGCUAAUCUGGAGGCUAAAUUCCCCAGAUGGGAUGGUCGUUUUGACGGUUUUUCUGUUGAUCAACUUAAAGUACUAGUCUCUAUAUGUGACACUAAAAUUGAAGUUGCCAGAAGGAGAAUUGAGGUGUUAAAAACUGAACAAAAUUUGAUGGAAGUUUCUGAAACAGGUGCUUUGGUUGGAUUCAGCAAUUCUAAUCAACAUAGUCAAGUUUUGUUCCCAUUGUCUGCUGUGAAGCAACUUGACUUGCCAGUGGCCCCUUAUUAUCCAUCUGUUCAAGUACCAUUUCAUUGUGAUAAUCCAUUGGCUGCAAUGUUGAACGGCGAUGAUCAUACACAAUUUGGUGGCUUGAUGAGUGGCAAUGUGGCAACAUACACUCAACAGCAACUGCAGCACCCUAUGUAUUUUGAUCCAAUUCCAACAUCUGCAAUGCUAGACAACAUGAUGUUCAACAAUCCCAGAGCUGUGUGCCUUCAUGGCAAAACUAUGCAGCCGAUUCCGCCUUUUGAUAGGUUUACUGUUCUACCAAGUAAUUCUUCUCACAUGCUUGGCUCUCAAUUCAACGAACUGUACAGCGACACCAAUGGGUUCGGAAUUAAGACUGAAAGAGACAGGCUGCAGAACUUUCAGGUUUGAGCAAUUGUUUCAUCGAUAAACACCUUCUAAUGAGCUUGGACUUUGGAUGGUUUAACAAUGUUUUACCCUUCAGUAAUUCAAGUGUUGCUCUCUUUAUUUCA